UGGUCCCACCCAUUGCACACCCAUUGACUUUGGUUGGGUUCGAAGCGGCUUUCGAACGCAAGUCAACUCGCAGACCUUUGAGCCAUAACCGAAUGCGUUUCCUGGGAAUGAAAAGGGAACAACUGGGAAGUGUUUCUUUUUAUGUUUGAUGGGGGUUCAAUGUAACGGGAGUGACCGGGCCAUUCAGUGCAAGCAAUACCACUGUUUUAGCUAGCCAGCUGAAGAGUGUGCAGAGCUCUGCAAACCUUUCCAUGCUGAGUUUUCUGGGGCUGUGGUGGACAUUGGUCGCCAUGAGAGAAUAGGCACGACGCUGUGUGAAGGAAAUGGCUUUUGAUUUGCCCACUUUCCACUUCCUGGAAUCAGACUUGGCUCCCCUCUUCAGGAUUUGAGCGGUGUAUGGGAGAUACCUGGUUUCGCCACUGAGGAUUUGCUGCUUUCUUCUCGCCGGUUGGGACACCCUUUUUUACCCCCCUGUAGCCUCCCCCCCCUGCGGUGUGCAGCAGUGGAGACAUGGCCAAGAACUCGUACAGCGGGGUGAAAAACUCCAUGGCAGAGCCCAACCACGAUGGGGACUUCGGGUGCUCCCUCAAAGAGCUCCGGUCUCUCAUGGAACUGCGGUCUGCCGAAGGAUUACAUAAAAUACAGGAAACUUACGGAGGUGUUCAAGGACUCUGUACCCGAUUGAAAACCUCACCCAUAGAAGGUUUAAGCGGACAGCCCGUGGACAUCAGUAAAAGAAAAGAAACGUUUGGACAGAAUUUAAUACCUCCGAAAAAGCCAAAAACAUUUCUCCAAUUAGUGUGGGAAGCGUUGCAGGAUGUAACACUAAUUAUUCUAGAAGUGGCAGCCAUAGUUUCGUUAGGCCUUUCUUUUUAUAGACCUCCAGAUGCGGAGAGAGCACACUGCGGGAAGGCAGCCGGGAGCGUGGAGGACGAGGGCGAAGCGGAGGCGGGCUGGAUCGAGGGCGUGGCCAUCCUCCUGUCCGUCAUCUGCGUGGUGCUGGUGACGGCCUUCAACGACUGGAGCAAGGAGAAGCAGUUCCGGGGGUUACAGAGCCGGAUCGAACAAGAGCAGAAGUUUACUGUGGUCAGGGGGGGCCAGGUCAUCCAGAUCCCCGUGGCCGAGAUAGUCGUCGGGGACAUCGCACAAAUCAAAUACGGUGACCUCCUGCCGACUGACGGUGUGCUCAUUCAAGGCAAUGAUCUCAAAAUCGAUGAGAGCUCCCUCACGGGGGAGUCCGACCAUGUCAAGAAGAUGCUGGAUAAAGACCCCAUGCUGUUAUCAGGCACGCACGUCAUGGAAGGUUCUGGAAAGAUGGUGGUCACCGCCGUGGGGGUGAACUCUCAAACUGGAAUAAUCUUCACUUUACUGGGGGCUGGAGAAGGUGAUGAAGAUGACGAUGAGGAAAAGGAGGAGAAGAAGAAGGAAAAGGAGAAAAAGAAGGAGAAGAAAAAUAAAAAACAGGAUGGCUCUGCUGAAACCCGCAAGAAAGCUAAAGCCCAGGACGGCGCCGCCGUGGAGAUGCAGCCGCUGAACAGCGAGGACGGGGGCGAGCGGGAGAAGAGGAAGUCCAACCUGCCCAAGAAAGAGAAGUCCGUUCUGCAGGGGAAACUGACCAAGCUGGCGGUGCAGAUAGGCAAAGCAGGCCUGGUCAUGUCGGCCAUCACCGUCAUCAUCCUGGUGGUCCUCUUCGUGGUGGACACCUUCUGGAUCCAGGGCCUCCCGUGGCUGAAGGACUGCACCCCCAUCUACAUCCAGUUCUUCGUCAAGUUCUUCAUCAUCGGCGUCACGGUGCUAGUCGUCGCCGUGCCCGAGGGUCUUCCGCUCGCCGUCACCAUCUCGUUGGCGUACUCCGUCAAAAAAAUGAUGAAGGAUAACAAUUUGGUGCGACAUCUUGACGCCUGCGAGACCAUGGGCAAUGCCACCGCCAUCUGCUCCGACAAAACUGGAACCCUGACCAUGAACAGGAUGACCGUGGUGCAGGCGUACAUCGCCGAGAAGCACUACCGGAAGGUUCCGGAGCCCGAGCUGCUCUCGGGCGGCGUCAUGGACCUGCUGAUCGUGGGGAUCGGGGUCAACUGCGCGUACACCACCAAGAUCAUGUCGCCGGAGAAGGAGGGCGGGCUCCCGCGUCAGGUGGGGAACAAGACCGAAUGUGCCUUGCUGGGGUUUGCCUUGGACCUGAAAAGAGACUACCAGGCCAUCCGCAACGAAAUCCCGGAGGAGCGGCUCUACAAGGUCUACACCUUCAACUCCGUCAGGAAGUCCAUGAGCACGGUGCUGAAGAACGCUGACGGAGGCUACCGGAUGUUCAGCAAAGGGGCCUCCGAGAUCCUGCUGAAAAAGUGCUGUAAGAUCCUGACGGCGAGCGGCGAGGCCCGGGUGUUUCGCCCCCGCGACCGCGACGACAUGGUGAAGAAGGUGAUCGAGCCCAUGGCCUCCGAGGGCCUGCGGACCAUCUGCCUGGCCUACCGCGACUUCCCCGCCUCCGAGGGCGAGCCCGACUGGGACAACGAGAACGACAUCGUCACCAGCCUCACCUGCGUGUGCGUGGUGGGCAUCGAGGACCCCGUCCGGCCGGAGGUGCCGGACGCCAUCCGGAAGUGCCAGCGCGCCGGCAUCACCGUGCGCAUGGUCACCGGGGACAACAUCAACACGGCCCGCGCCAUCGCCACCAAGUGCGGCAUCCUGCUGCCCGGCGACGACUUCCUGUGCAUGGAGGGCAAGGAGUUCAACCGCAGGAUCCGCAACGAGAAGGGCGAGAUCGAGCAGGAGCGCAUCGAUAAGAUUUGGCCCAAGCUCCGCGUACUGGCCAGGUCCUCUCCCACCGACAAGCACACGCUCGUGAAAGGUAUCAUCGACAGCACCGUGGUGGAACAGAGGCAAGUGGUGGCGGUCACAGGAGACGGCACCAACGACGGCCCCGCUUUGAAGAAGGCCGACGUGGGAUUUGCGAUGGGCAUCGCCGGCACGGACGUAGCGAAAGAGGCCUCUGACAUCAUCCUGACGGACGACAACUUCAGCAGCAUCGUGAAGGCGGUGAUGUGGGGGCGGAACGUGUACGACAGCAUCUCCAAGUUCCUGCAGUUCCAGCUGACCGUCAACGUGGUGGCUGUGAUCGUGGCCUUCACUGGAGCCUGCAUCACGCAGGACUCCCCUCUGAAGGCGGUGCAGAUGCUGUGGGUGAACCUGAUCAUGGACACCUUCGCCUCGCUGGCCCUGGCCACUGAGCCGCCCACCGAGUCUCUGCUGCUGAGGAAGCCCUACGGCCGCAACAAGCCGCUCAUCUCCCGCACCAUGAUGAAGAACAUCCUGGGCCACGGCGUCUACCAGCUCACCAUCAUCUUCACCCUGCUGUUCGCCGGGGAGCAGAUCUUCGACAUCGACAGCGGCCGGAACGCCCCGCUGCACGCGGCCCCGUCGGAGCACUACACCAUCGUCUUCAACACCUUCGUCAUGAUGCAGCUCUUCAACGAGAUCAACGCCCGCAAGAUCCACGGCGAGCGCAACGUCUUCGAGGGCAUCUUCAACAACCUCAUCUUCUGCUCCAUCGUCUUCGGCACCUUCGUCAUCCAGAUCGUGAUCGUUCAGUUCGGAGGGAAGCCGUUCAGCUGCGUGGCGCUGACCGUGGAUCAGUGGCUGUGGUGCGUCUUCCUGGGUUUCGGCUGUCUCCUGUGGGGACAGGUCAUCUCCUCCAUCCCCACCAGCCGGCUCAAGUUCCUGAAGACGGCGGGCCACGGGACGCAGAAGGAGGAGAUCCCCGACGAGGAGCUGGAGGACAUGGACGACAUGGAGGAGAUCGACCACGCCGAGCGCGAGCUGCGCCGCGGCCAGAUCCUCUGGUUCCGCGGGCUGAACCGGAUCCAGACCCAGAUGGAUGUAGUCAGUGCUUUCCAGAGCGGGACUUCCUUUCAGGGGGCCCUCAGGCGGCAGCCCUCCACCGCCAGCCAGCAGCUCGAUAUCCGAGUGGUGAAUGCAUUCCGCAGUACCCUGUCCCCGUAUGAGGGCCUGGAGAAGCCCGAGUCCCGCAGCUCCAUCCACAACUUCAUGACGCACCCGGAGUUCCGGAUAGAGGACUCCGAGCCCCACAUCCCGCUCAUCGACGACACGGACGCCGAGGACGACGCGCCCACCAAGCGCAACUCCUCCUCGUCCCCGCGCGUCGCCACGCCCCCCCCGCCGCCCUCGCCCAACAAGAACAAUAACGCCGUGGACGGCGGCGGCGUCCUCGGCGUCCGCCUCUACCCGGAGACGGGCAAGUCCGGCAGCCCCCCGUCGCCGGCCAGCCCCCUGCACAGCCUGGAGACCUCGCUUUGAUCCCGCCCCCUCGCCAGCCACCCGUCACCCGCGUGGCGCAGCGGGGCUUUCUGGGGGGGGGGGGGGGGGGCGCAGCGCCACAGGGCGUCUCUGAAGGGGGCGGAGCAUCUCUGGAGGGGGCGGGACUGACCGGACCGCCCCUCCAUAAGCCCACAUGUACUGGACUGAAACAAAGAUGCAGGCAUUCGUCAGAAUGUAGGGUUUGAUUUUGCUGUAACAUUUUAAUUUUUUUUAAUUUUAUUUUAUUUUAUUUUGUUUUGUAAUUUCCCUCCUUAAGUGAAGAGGACACUUUGUUUCCACCCCUCCCUCCCUCCCCGAUAAAUAUUUUCUGGCAAAGAGAGGAGGGAUGUGUAUAAACUUGGAUUAAAAGUGACCUGUUUUUUGUAUUGUGUUUCAAUGAAGAAAAGGGGGAUGGGCGUUUCUUCUCGUGAGGAUGGUGCCAGUCUCUCUGUCUGGAUGAGUCGGGGUGUACAUCUGUCUGUCCUG